CCAUGUUCGUUCCGCUCCCAACCCAGGCAGCACCGGAGAGCAACGGACCCUUGUUUCAAGGAACGGGAGUUUGAACUUGGUCCUAUCGGCUGCUUGUUCGCUCGCUGCACCGCGCAUCACUAGUAGUCGACUAUUGUAGCUUACGUAGGCUGGCUACUAUCGUUUCUCUUUCUGAGCCAAAGCAAGCAAAGAGGAAAGGUAUCCACCUGCCACUGAGAUACACUGAAGCAUGGAUGCUCUGAAAUCAGCUGGAAGAGCGAUUAUCAAGAGUCCCGGAGUUCCGCGGCACACAUGGGGCACCUCCAAGCACGAAAAGCUGCCAGAGAACUGGACGGACACCAAGGAGACCCUAUUGGAAGGGAUGGUCUUCCAGGUCAAGUACCUGGGGAUGACCCUGGUGGGGCAGCCUAAAGGAGAGGACAUGGCUGCUGCCGCUAUACACAGGAUAGUCUCUACGGCCCGGGCCUGUGCUAAGAAGUUCCGCAAGGUGACCCUGACCAUCUCUCCUAAAGGAAUCAUCAUUACAGACACAGAGACACUGGACCUCAUAGAGAACGUCUCCAUAUACAGAAUCUCAUACUGCACAGCAGAUAAAACUCAGGACAAGGUGUUUGCCUACGUUUCCCAGAGUCAGUUCAACGAGACACUUGAGUGCCACGCCUUCCUCUGCCACAAGAAGAAAAUCGCUCAGGCUGUGACGCUAACAGUAGCCCAGGCCUUCAAAGUAGCUCUGGACCUGUGGGAGAUUGCUCAGGAAGAUAAAAGUAAGAAGGCCAGGACGUGCUGCUCGUGUUCUGUCAGCGAUGGACAGACAGAGAAGACAAACACACACUGUGUCUCAGACUCAGAGAAGCACCAGCCCCUGGAGAAGGAAGAGAAACUGAGACGGCCAUUCUUCUCCAUGUCGUUCAGCUCGCCCCGCAACAAACCUGCCCGGAAACCACCAAUCAAACACGACUCCUGGGAGGAUGGCCUUGAUUAUGCGUUCUCAAGCAACAUGGAGGUAGAAGAGAUGGACACUGGGAAGUGAGCCUGGCAGAGUCAAGGUCCGGACAGCAGUCUAAGGAUGCAGCUCUGACCCCCUAGAGGAAGACACCACCACCCCCCUAGAGGAAGACAUCACCACCCCCCUAGAGG